CACCUGUAGCAUCAGGGUCAGAGCGUAGUAGGAAUUUUCACGAGAAUUCUUCAAGUAAACGGCAAACCUUCAGACUCAUCCAUGGCAUCCAUCACCACAGUGCGGAGCUAUUCGUCGGGCCGCCAGCCGUCUUUCUCCAGCCUUUCACUCCGAGACAUGCGGCAGAGUGUCUUGAAGGCUCCAGCCAUGAUAUCUUCAGUUAGCGCCCGCUCUGUCAGCUCUGGCCUUGAUCUCGGGGGCCCAGCAAGCCUUUCCUUCAAUAACCUGCAGGGUGUUUCCAACGAAAAGGAGACAAUGCAGGGUCUCAAUAGCCGCCUAGCCAGCUACUUGGAAAAGGUGCGCUCCCUGGAGAAGUCCAAUGCUGACCUGGAGGUGAAGAUCAGGCAGCUGAUGAUGGAGAGAGCACCAAAGGGAUACGAUGUAGAAGCCAUGCUGGCCAAAGCUCAAGCCAUCCAACAGGAGGUGAGGAAGAAAACAUUGGAGAAUGCCCGCAUUAUGCUGGAGAUUGACAAUGCCAAGCUGGCUGCCGACGACUUCAGACUCAAGUGGGAAGCAGAGGUGGCACUGAGCCAGUCAGUGGAGGGGGACUGCGUGGCCCUGAGGAAAGCUAAGGUAGACCACGACCAGAUCAUUGCUACCCUGCGUGCAGAUCUCAAGAGCCUGCAGGAUGAGCUGUACUACUUGAAGAAGAACCACGAGGAGGAAUUGGCCAGUCUAAGGGCUCAGCAGGCCAAAGACCAGGUCAAUGUGGAGGUUGAUGCCACUCAAGGUCCUGACUUGGCAGCUAUACUAGCUGACCUGAGGUCACAGUACGAGGGCAUUGUCCAGAAGAACAAGGAUGACCUAGAUGUGUGGUACAAGAAGAAGCUGGAAACGGUGCAGUCAGAGGUACAGGAGAGCAAUGAGGCUCUGCGCAAUGCUCAGAGCGAGCUCAGCGACAGAAGACGCUUCCUGCAGACCCUAGAGGUGGAGCUGGACAGCCUGCGGAAACAGGUGGGUGCGCUAGAGGGUAACCUAGGUGAAGUGAACCAAAAGUAUGCCCUAGAAAUGGAGCAGCUGCAGAUGACCCUGUCCCAGCUGGAGGAGACCCUGUCCCAGCUGCGUCUUGACAUGCAGCGCAACAAGACCGAAUACGAGCAGCUGCUCCGCAUUAAGCAGAACCUGGAGAUGGAAAUCGCUACCUACAGACGUCUGCUGGAGGGAGAGGAAACGGUUAAGGAAGUCCCCAAGAAGGAACCAGAUGUCAGGACCAGGAAGAUUGUCAAAGUGGUUACCCAAACUAUGGUCAAUGGCAAGGUGGUAGAUGAGUCCAGCGAGGUUGAGCACUUUGAAGAAAUUAAGAAAUAAAUUGCCACCUCACAUGAUCUACUUUGUUCCCAAACUUCUGCUCAAACGAUACAUUUCUUCAUAGCUUCCGAGGCACAUCUGAAUGCGGCAGUAUAUACAACAUUCUGCACAGACACUGGUCUUAACCUCAUCUUAACGUGUUUGUCCUUGCAUUGCUGUAUGAUCUGUAAAGAGUUUUAUGUUCUGUUUUAAUAUUUAUUUUACUUUCAGAGAGAAAAGAAUUUCCAUUUCCCAACUAUUUCCCUUUUUGCAUCAAUCGGCUGUUAUAAACACUAACAUAAAUGAAUUGUAAUAAAAAAAAAUCCCAGUCUUCUAAUGGCUUCUGUAUUUGCUAGCUGUGUAUAAUGUAAGUUUUACAAACAAGCUUGUUCUUGUUCUCAUAUUUUUAGGGCAAAUUUUCCGAGUUAAUAUUUACACAAGUACCUCAAGCUGUAUUUUUUCUAUAAAUAAACACGAGAGUCCCUCGCAGGAUUUGAACCUGUAACCUUCUGUCUCUGUCUCCACCCAUAAGCAUUUGCUAUAGUUUUCCUCCCAGUUUGAAAUAUGUCCAGUGCAUUCUCUGGUAACGUGGAAAGAUGCGUAGGAGACGGGUGGGGAGACAUGUCCCCUCCAGUGAGGCAGGUCAUUCUGUAUCUAAACUACUGUGCAAAUGUGAAAUGAUCAGACAAGCCUGAUGUUGUUCCUCUAGUGUUUGUGAAUAACUCUAUUUAGUACUACUACUGAUAAAUUUUGUUCCACCCCAAUGCCUGACAAAUUGUUACACCGCAGUAGUCCAGGAAAAACUUAUUCUGUGCCAGAAUCUGCAUUUUAAAAAUGUUUUUGUGUUUGCUGUAUAGCCAAAUAUUGCACAACAGAGAGUCCCAAUUACUGGCUAUUCAGCUGUCAGGCUGUGGCAUUAAAGAGAUUAAAGAGAUUAA